ACGAAUAUUCUUGUGAUUUGGCAUCUGACUACAGAUAUGGAAUUCCUCACUUUCUUGCUAAGUAUUUUUGUUAUUAGCGCCGUACUAAAACAACCUACCACAAAUUCUGGGAAUUUCACACCUAUUGUUCCUGGAUAUGAGCUGCCUGACCAUCAGUAUGAGAAAGGUCCUGGCUUCAGCCAAGUAGCCAGUGUGUCAGUGACAGUAGAUAAUACUGCAUUAUCUAGUGACAUGGAUGACUUCUCUGAGCAAUAUGACCAGGAGAAUACUGAUCUUGAGUUCAUGAACAGACUGCGAUCUGGAAUGGGAAACAAGGAGCGUAUCCAACAGUACAGCACAGAAACAGAAGAAGCUGAAAUGGAAUAUCUCGAACAGUGGUAUGAGGAGUUCAGUGUGACAACAGAGCAAGCUAAACUGGACACACAUAAACCACAAUCAGAGUGCAAUACAGCAGUAGGGAAUAACACAUCAGUUUGCUGGCUGGAAAACAUACCUUUGCCAACAGCUACCGCUAUUCUAAAGUUAGUCAAAAUCAUGCUAAUACUAAUCACAGCUGCUCUAAUUACUACUUUAAUGUUGAGUAUCUUGAGAUACAAUUUUACUUUCCUCUCUGGGAUUAUAUACACAGUGAGGUACAGAACUGCAGAUUCGGUUACUGUCAAACUCAACAAUACAUUUACUAUUUAG